AUGAAUGAUUAUUACCAGAUUGCACAGAUUGGUGAAGGUUCAUUCGGCCGAGUCUACAAAGCACGCAGAAAGUAUACAGGGCGUCUAGUUGCCAUCAAAAUGAUUCACAAACUUGGACAAUCUCAAGACUCGCUGGCAUCUCUACGCCGAGAAAUUAAUAUUUUGCAAAAAGUAGAUCAUCCGAACAUUAUGCGUCUUCUUGAAGUAUUUGAAACAAAUACAGAUGUUUGUUUAGUAACGGAAUUAGGUCGAGGCGAUCUUUUCCAAGUUAUUCAAGAUCAGCAAACUCUCCCAGAAUCAGUCCUCAAGAGUGUUGCUGCACAGCUAGUAUCAGCAUUACUAUAUCUUCAUCAGCAAAGAAUUAUUCAUCGAGAUAUUAAACCACAAAACGUUUUGAUUUCAUUAAACAACACAGUAAAACUAUGCGAUUUCGGUUUUGCACGUGCAUUAUCAAAUACAACCUUAGUUUUGAACUCAAUCAAAGGAACUCCACUUUAUAUGGCUCCAGAGUUAGUUCAAGAGCAACAAUAUAACGAAAAAGUAGAUAUUUGGUCACUUGGAGCAAUUCUUUACGAGUUAUACUACGGAAAAACGCCAUUUUCCGCAAAAUCAAUCUAUAAAUUAAUUCAAAUGAUUGUUAACGAUCAAAUAGCAUGGUCAGAACCAAUAUCGCCCGAAUUUAAAGGCUUUUUGAGCAUUAUGCUUCAGAAAAAUCCAGAUCGUAGAGCUUCAUGCGAAGAUUUAGUAAAACAUCCAUUUAUUAAAGGUGUCCCCAUAGAUACAUCCGAAGAUGAAUUCUACAGAUAUAAAAAGGAGCAAUUUUCAGCAGCAAUUGCAAAAUCUCAACUUGAAAAUUACGGAAACAACAAAGACUUUCAAUCAGUUUUCAUCAAUCCAUCAAGCUAUAGCGAUGAGGAAGUCAUUAAUGCCCUAAAUUACCUUUACGAAAACAAUCCUCCAUAUGAAUCUCCAUUUGCUUCUUCUUUUAGCUACAAAUUCAAGGAUUUCAUAUCUAGACCGAAAUGUGUUGAGAUUUCCCUCAAAUGUGCUGAGAUGUUUCUCUCAAAAAAUCGAGAAAAAUGUAUUCAAAGUUUUAUCUCAGGAAUUGACUUAUUAAAUGAAUCAAAUAUUCCUAGAAGCGCUAUAGAUUUCUAUACUCAGCUUCUUUUGAUACCAUUUUCACAGAAAUCUAUUGAAUCAGGUUCAGAUCAAGCAAUUCGAGAAGUUGGAGAUAUAUUAACCGACAAAAACUCAGCGGAAAAGAUGAUGAACCAACUCCUCAGUUUCCUCUUCACUUCAGAUGCUGUCGAAUUCUCAAAACUUUAUUCAAUGAUGGCAUUUUUGGCCCAAACCAGUGACACUUUUUUGACGGUUAUCAGUAUUUCCCUUUCUGAACAAGUGAUUCCGAUUAUUAUAUCACAUAUUACUCAGAAAAAUAUAACAAAUGUUUCUGCAGCAGGUUUCAGCAUCCUUUCUAAGAUUUUGAUGAAAAAUAAUAAUGUUAUUCAGCUGAUUCAGUCGUUCAACCAGCUAAUUAAUACAUUAUUAAAUAGUAUAUCACAAGCACCAACAAGUAUUGAGACUUUUUGCUUGUUUUCUUGUGCAUUUUCUUUCUUGAGAAUUACUUUCCCAGCUUUGAGCCAAAUGGGUGAGUUUCAGCAUAUUGUACCUAAAAGAGAGGAUUUGGCUAACGUUACUACCUUCCUCAACGCUUUUUACCAAAAUUCCAACAUCGAUUCAAGCGUUCUCCUCAAAUCUCUGCUUCAAUUCGCUUCUGUACAGCCUACAAAGCUCCUUGAGAUCCUUGCCUACGUGCCAGUUCAUACUUCUCCGUUUGUGAAUUUCCCUGUUAAGCCUUCUGACGUCGAUACAUGCAUGGAUUCACUAGAUAACGUUCUCCCGAUGCAUGCAAAUGGCGUUGUCGACUGUAUGUUCUCUUCUUCUUCACGUAUCAACAUUGAGAAGUUAUCAAAAUUAUUUGAUAGGGACAACUGGAUCGAAAAAGCCUCUAAAUUCGUAUUAGAUUCAUUAGAUAGUGGUGCGGAUGCCAACCAAUUGAUGACUUCCCUUUUUGAACAUAACAUUUUGACUUCAUUAACGAAAGGAAUUGAGAAAUCAACCUCGAAUCCGCCAUUUUACGUUGCUGCUUUACUUGUCAGAUGUGUCCUGGCCAUAAGAAGUGACUCAGCCAUACAACCUGACAAAGUUGGCGACGUAUUAAAGGUUGCCUACAGUUCUAGAGCCAUGGCGGAAGCAGGAGUCAUCAUAUCUGCUCAUUUGGCAAGAACACAUCCACGAUUUGUAGCUCAAAUUCAACAACAAGACGGAUUGAAAUUUUUGGAACGUAUGACAUUGUCAAUUGACAAUCCAGUACGGUCAAGAGCGCUAUCUGCAAUCGGAAACAUUGCAAAAGGUAAUACUUUGGAGCCUCAAUACAUCACAAAAGUUGUUCCAAAUAUUAUAUCCGCAUUUUCCAUAACAGAUAUCGAAGUUCGAAGGUUUGCAUUAUAUGCAUUAGCAAACAUUGUUUACGUUUACCCUAAAACUGCACUAGAAUUUCCUAUGAUGAUUGAAGAAAUUUUACCAGCAUUCAAUGUCGAUGAUAUUAAGACAAGGGAAUUUGCUGGAACUCUUGUAUGCAAUAUCUUCAGAAGUGAUGAAGGAUUGGCCAAGAAAAUGAUAGAAAACGGUUUGGCCAAAUUAACUGUGAAAUUACUUGAAGGAAAAGAUGAUUUAGCUUGUAGAAUGAUACCAAGGAUAUCCAUGUUCUGUAAGUACGAGGAUGGAAGGAAGUUCUUGAAGAUCAGAGGAGUGAGAAGUUUAAUUUCAAAAAUGACGAAUGUGAAAGUAGAAUCAGCGAAAACAAUCGCAACAAAAAUGUUAUCUAUUAUUGAUGCUUGA